AUGGGCUUGGGUGUUGCCGCUGCCGGCGUGCUGGCUCUGGGUCAGGCGCUCGAGCUGCUGUGGCCGGCUGCGAAGGCCAGGACGGCGGGGCUGGGCCAGUCCGUGCAGAAGCUGCAGCGCGAUACGAAGGCGGCCGUUGAGGACGUGCAGGCGAUUUGCGCGGACGUCAAAAACCGCACUGGAGCUAUCGAGGAGACGUUCAAGGGCGUUGAGCGCGACGUGCAGGCGUUGGCCGGCAGGCUUGAGAGGAUCCUGUCUGAUCAAGAGCCAAGGAAGGAGAGCGAUCGAUUAUGUGAGCCUAUCCAGAUGUCGUUGUUACCCUCACUAGCACCUCAACAAGAACAUGGAGAACUCGACAGUGUGGAGGUGCCAGACGCCGAUCUCUUUGACAAGUGA